UUGACUAUCGAUAGUGCAAUCGAUACUUCUCAUUUUGUUUUGCUUUUGUGGUUGCAAGUUGCAAAUUUUGCAGCCAGACAACGAACGGAUUUUACUGAUGAAUUAAAAUUGAAAUUAGUUGAGUUAAAAUGAGCACGCCCACAAAAACAAAUGGCACUGGCCUGGAGGAUGUGAAUAUACCCGGUCAAGCGUUUCUACGCGAAGCAUUAACUUCCUGCACCGAUCCGUUAAAAGCGAUUGAAAGUUUUCAGGUGGAGAAUGGCGUGCUGUUGCCAUCGUUGCGUCCAAUGCUGCCGCUGUUGGAUUUGCAUGGCGUGCGGCGUCUCGAUUUUCAUACAUCGCUGAUGGAGGAAUUGCGGGACAAGUUAAUAGCGCACAUUAACGAUCUUGGGCAGAAGGAGCCGCGGGAACGGGACAAAAUGUUAAAGGAGCUGCUGGUCAAGAGUUUUCCCGUGGUGCGCGUUAAAUCGCUGCGUCCUGUGGUAAUGGCCAUACUGCGUAAUACACAGCAUAUUGAUGAUAAAUAUUUGAGGAUUCUAGUGAGAGAUCGUGAACUAUAUGCGGACACAGAUACAGAGGUGAAGCGUCAAAUUUGGCGGGAUAAUCAAUCACUGUUUGGGGAUGAAGUGUCGCCACUGUUGUCACAAUACAUACGCGAAAAGGAGCACAUACUCUUCGAUCAUACGAAUCUACAGAAUCUGUUCUUUCAACCCACGCCCAAGGUGCGACGUCAGGGUGAAGUCGUUCAAAAGUUGGCCAACAUGAUUGGCAGCAGUGUCAAGUUGUAUGACAUGGUUUUACAAUUUCUGCGCACACUAUUCCUGCGCACCCGCAACGUUCAUUAUUGUACACUCCGUGCGGAACUCCUGAUGGCAUUGCAUGAUCUCGAGGUGCAGGAGAUUAUCUCGAUAGAUCCGUGUCACAAGUUCACCUGGUGUCUGGACGCGUGCAUACGUGAGAAGAAUGUGGAUAUUAAGCGAUCACGUGAACUGCAGGGAUUUCUGGAUAACAUUAAGCGUGGACAGGAGCAGGUUUUGGGUGAUCUCUCAAUGACACUCUGUGAUCCGUAUGCCAUUAAUUUUCUGGCCACAUCAGCCAUUAAGAUACUACAGCAUUUGAUCAACAACGAAGGCAUGCCGCGAGAGAAUCAAAUCCUAAUCCUAUUGCUGCGCAUGUUGGCAUUGGGUUUGAGUGCCUGGCUCAUGAUCGACUCGCAGGACUUUAAGGAGCCCAAACUGGAUGGCCAGGUGGUGACCAAGUUUCUGCCCGCUCUCAUGUCCCUCAUGGUGGACGAUCAAUGUCGCAGUUUGCAUGCCAAGUUGCCCAACGAUGAACGUGAAUCGGCAUUGACCACCAUUGAGCAUUCCGGACCAGCUCCCGAUGCUGUGGAGGCUUAUAUACAGGAGAGCGCCGUCUCUAGCAUAUUGGCCAUGUAUUAUACCCUACACUCGGCAAGGAUCAAGGAUCGCAUGGGCUUGCUGCGUGUGUUGGCCAUUUUGUCCGGCUGCAAAGAUGAUCGCGCCUAUGAGGAUCCAUUUUUGCACUCACUGAUCGCAUUGCUUAUACCCAUGUGUGAUGAAUUUGCCACGGAAGAUUUCUGCACCACGCUCUUUGAUGAGUUCAUCUUUGCCGGACUGCAGCGGGAGAAUGUCACCUGUCGUCACAUGUUGAAGUUGCUGUGGUAUAUCCAUCAUAAGCUACCGCCUGGUCGACUGGGCAGCCUCAUGAAGGCCAUGCAACCGACGGCGGCACACAAUGAACACAUCCACAAGCUCUAUGAAUCCCUGCAAGAACGCAUCGGCAGUGUUCCUCCCUCCACCAUCACCAUCGCUUCCACCGCUUCCGCAUCCUCCAGCGUUGACAUUUCUACUCAUGUGGAGACGCCAGCGACGCCUUCGCUUCCUGGUGCUUCUCCUGCUUCGGCCUCAGCUUCUCCUGCCUCCGGCACUGAAUUCGAUUCCCCUCUCAAGGGUUUGCCCGUUCCCCCGCCCCACUUUACCACGCCCACUCCAUAGAACUACACAAAUCCUUCGUCUUCAUCCUCGCUUUAGAUUUCUAUUAAGAUCUUCACCAAAGUCUAAUCGAAGCAUUACCAAAAAUAUUAAUUUUUUAAUGUUUCAAGUCACUAC